AUGGCACCCAAACCCGCAUCUACUGCCGGAAAGGCUCCCGCUUCUACCGCCUCUAAGGCACCUGCGAAGACGACCGAGGGUACAAAGUCUGCAAAGAAGACUUCCAAGCCUGCAGCGGCUUCAGGAGACGAGACCAAGAAGAAGAGGAGAAAGACUCGCAAGGAGACUUAUUCUUCUUACAUCUAUAAGGUGCUCAAGCAAGUGCACCCCGACACAGGUAUCUCGAACAAGGCAAUGGCUAUCUUGAAUUCGUUCGUGAAUGAUAUCUUCGAGCGUAUUGCGACCGAAGCCUCCAAACUCGCAUCUUAUUCCAAGAAGUCGACGAUCUCUUCGCGAGAGAUUCAAACUUCAGUCAGGCUGAUCCUUCCGGGGGAAUUGGCCAAGCAUGCGAUUUCAGAGGGUACAAAAUCAGUAACGAAAUUCUCAAGUGCAGGGGCAAAGUAA